GCCGGCAUGGUUGGGCCGGUUUUAUUUAGAAACAAAGUCGUGGCACGUGUGACCUAAACAACGAACACAUAUGCAGGAGAAAGCCAGCUUUCGAGUCCAGGGAUAGACAGCCAAAAGCAAACAUGGAAAGUGGUUUCUCCCCGCUAGCAAUUCCAACCCCAGUGGAAGCCACAGCCAAAUUCAACCUCGCUCUAGAUAUCCUCCUCCCACUCCUCCUCUUCCCAACCAUCUUUCUAGCCCACCACAUCCGACAAGACUACCAUGCCUACCUAGCUCUAGGCCCUGGGGGAGUACCCUCAACCCCAGCAGGGUACCUCCAGAUCUGCAUCCUGCGGCCCUUCGCCGUCCGGAACCCCCUGGCACCACCUUCCCUCCCAUGCACUCUCCUCCCCCAAGAAGGCUAUCUCAAAAGCCGCAAUCUCCCAGACCGCUCCGGGCCCCGUCCUAAAGUAGUCGGUAUCGUGCCGCACCGACAAACAACCCAGAGGGCGAGUGCAGAAAUGUACGCAGCGCUGACGAAGGAAAUCCACGGCCUCGUCAAUGCCUACCCCUCCGUACUUUACACAGGCACAUCAUGCUUCGAGAAGCAUAGUACAGGAAUCUUCUGUAAGCUUGGCCCGGCUGCGUUGUCACGUCAAGAGCAGGAGCAGCAACAGAAGCGGCUCACCUGUAACGGCGAGGUCUGCCAUGCGCAUCCGAUUGACGGGAGCUUGCAUCUCACGCUACACCCGGCGGAUGUGCGGCUUGUGCUGGAGAAAGGCUGGGGUGAGAGACACCCGAUUGCUCGAGAGGAUUGGUGGUGGUGGAGGCGCUCCGUGCCGUCCGGGUUUGUCAUGAUCUAUGCUCCGAGGACUGAAGAAGAGCGGAGAUGUGUAGUGGAGAUCAUUCGCGCCGCAGCAUGGUGGGUGCGAGGGGAAGCAUUGCCCAACUAUUUGCCAGAGUAACGUAUUCCUAUCUGGGGUGAUGGGUGUAUGAGAAUGAGUAGAAACGAACCAGGAAGACUUUCACGUGCAAACGUUUGCUAUGUUUGUUUGAGAAGCAUUUGAAAGGGAUCAGAACUAGAUCGAUGCAGUUGGAGAAUAGCAAGAGCCUACAGGCCACAAAAUCUA